ACAGCUCCGGGUGGAAACAUGACCCCCUCCCCACCUUGACAGUCACCCCCAGUUCCUUCCUGCACCCCUUUCCUGCAUCCCGAGAUAUUGGAUGGCCUUCUCUCCUCCUGGGAAUCUCGCCACGGAUCUGCCUCUAGUCUACACACUAAUAUUAAUGCACUUGGACAUCGCUGUAACUGAAAUGGAAUCCUCGGAGCUGUAGUUUCGUUUGGCAAGGUUUUGAGAGGAAGAGCCUGUAAUGUUCUAAUUCCACUUCUUUGUCCUCAGAGGUUUUCGAGCACCACAUUCAAGGCUUCUGACCUCCAGAUUGAAAUGACCAAAGACCCAAAGCCCAAACCGGACCCUGCGAAACUGGUCUUUGGCAAAGCGUUCACCGACCACAUGCUCGCUGUGGAAUGGAGCAAAGAGAAAGGUUGGGGGAAACCACACAUCAAGCCUUUUCAGAAUUUGUCUCUCCACCCAGCUUUGUCUGGCUUGCACUACUCAGUCCAGCUCUUUGAGGGGAUGAAGGCUUUCCGGGGCCAAGAUAAGUGCAUCCGCCUUUUCCGUCCCACGAUGAACAUGGACCGCAUGUUACGUUCUGCUCUUCGUUGUUGUUUGCCUUCCUUUGACAAGUCUGAGCUCCUUGAAUGUAUUCGGCAGUUAAUCCACCUGGACAGAGACUGGGUCCCUGACCGUGACAGCACCAGCCUCUACAUCCGGCCCACCUUCAUUGGCACCGAACCUUCCUUGGGGGUCUCCACAUCCAAUCAUGCCUUACUGUAUGUGAUCCUGAGUCCUGUAGGCCCUUAUUUCACCACUGGCUCCUUCAACCCCGUGUCUCUCCUGGCCGAUGCUCGCUUUGUCCGUGCCUGGGUUGGUGGUGUUGGCGACUUCAAAUUGGGCGGCAACUAUGGCCCCACUAUUUAUGUACAGAAUGAGGCUUCCAAAGAGGGGUGCCAGCAGGUUUUGUGGCUCUAUGGGGAUGACCAUCAGAUCACUGAAGUUGGGACUAUGAACAUCUUUGUGUUUUGGAAGAACCAGCAAGGAGAUCUGGAGCUAGUCACGCCUCCACUAAAUGGAAUCAUUUUGCCUGGUGUGAUUCGGCAAAGCCUUCUAGAUCUGGCACAGAAAUGGGGGGAAUUCAAAGUUUCUGAGCGGAUUAUCACAAUGGGCGACUUGAUCAAAGGUCUAGAAGAAAACAGGGUGAAGGAAAUGUUUGGCUCUGGCACCGCAUGUGUGGUUUGUCCUGUGAACAGAAUCCUCUACCAGGGCAAGAAUUACCACAUUCCCACGAUGGAAAAUGGACCCGAGAUUGCAAAACGGUUUCUGAAAGAGCUGACAGACAUUCAGUAUGGACAUGUUGCCAGUGACUGGAUCUUGAAGGUGUGACGCCACCAAAGUGCUCCCCAUCCUAUGGUUCAGCCUCUCUUUUGCAACAGUUGUAUUUAUGAGCCAGUUCUAUAACUUUGGCAUUUCUGCCUUUCACUUUGCCAGUUUGGCCGAUUUGCUUUUUGCAGAACCUGGUCUGCCUGUUACAGAUUGCAGCUACCAAACACUCCUUGUUGGGAAGAGCAGAAGGACUCUGCGCUGGACUCUUUGUGAUGGCAGAGACUCUCCAGACUGAAAUGGCCUCCUCCCCUUCUUCUCUCUCAGUUCCAAAAUUCAGCUGCUUUCAGAGUGCAAUACUGAAGCGUGAGAAAGUGGAGGCAGCAAUCUGGUAUAUCUUCUUCAAAACUGUUUAAAAUACAGGCACACGUUUAUUUUAAGUUGUUGCUUGGAUUCAGGCAAAAAAAAAUUGACAAAUUGGAAAUAUCAACAUUUUAAAAAUGUCAGGUUUUGGUAUCUUAAUGAUUGGUGCUACUAUGGUAGCUUUUGCUUCCUGUGGUUGGAAAAGUCCAUUAUUUUGGAUUAAAACCUCUUGCCUUUUUUGCUUUAUAUUCUACAUCCAUUUCAGACCUGGUUUAGUUGACGAUGCUUCAUCUAUACUGGGUUUUAGGAACCAGUUUUCAAUUCAAACUCCUUUGGCACCAGAAGUGACUUUUUAUGUUGAAAAUUAUUUAAAAUUAAAAACGACAUCUGACAGAA